AUGGUAGAUAAUUCUAUUCUGGAUUACAUUAAUUAUAAUAAAUCCCAUGAUAAUGACGAUAAUAAAUUAAGUGAAAAUGACUUUUUCGCAAUUCUUCUCGAUUAUUGUUUGUUGCGAUUUGUCGAUCAGGACAUUCAUUGUUGGCACUGGAAUACAUAUCAUGUGCGAGAAAUAUUUGCUGACGCUUUAAAAUGGACAAAUGGUUUUACAGCAAAACUUAGCGGGAGUCGAUUGACUGGUCUCGUUGAACAGUAUUAUACGUUUACAGAUGAAGAUGUGCCAUUGGAGGUAUCCGGUGAUAUGGACAUUAUGUUUGAGCCGAACAAUGCAUUCGUCUCAGAUCUCGAUACAGAAUCACCAUUGCAGAUUGGCUUUGCUGACCCUUCUCCGUUUAUCGGUUUUUAUCAUAUUCGAUACAAUGAACGCACUACAUGUCCUAUAGAGGUUGAUGUAUUUGAGCAAUUUAACGGGAAACGACAUUUGUCCAGUGAAAAAGUCGCCAGUUUAAUUCAUGCUGAAUUUUCAAAGUACAAUCAACAGGGGCCAGUCGUAGCAGAACUUCAUGGCCCUGCAGUUACACCGACGAUGAAUAGUAUGGGUACAUCAUUCAGUAGUCAAGAUUAUGUAUUAGCUUGGUUGAUGCCUCAAAUUCCUUAUCAUAUUCGACAACAAUGGCUUGAACGACCAAAAACAAUGGCCCUCAUACCAAAACGGCAAGACACAAUGACUUGGCGUCUAUCGUUGAGUUUUCCCGAAGCAUUGCUUACAAAUUCAUUUGAUAUAAAACAAAAAAGUUGUUUGAUGUUAUUAAAUUCUUUCGUACGGGAAAUAGCACCAGGUAAGGUUCAUGAUUCAAUAAAAUUAAAAUGCUUACAAAAUAUUUGUGAAAAAUCACACAAAUAUUUUCCGUCAACAUCACAAUGGUGUACAAAUAUUGAAGAACUACUGUUCACAUGGCUUAAUGUGACACUAACUAGCUCAUUAAUGAAACAAUUGCCGGAAUAUUUUGAAUCUGUGGUACAUGAACAAAACCAAUUAGCUAGACAGAGCUGGCUCGGAGAAAAAGUAUUAGAACCAAUAACACGGGUGUUUGGCGUGUUGAGUGAUUUAAGUCAAAUUGCUAACGAUGAAACAGACGAUGAAGACGAAGAUGAUAAUGAUCAAAGUAAAAUUUAGUGAUUUAAUUAUGAUGUAGUCAUUUCCAGAUCGAAAAGCUUUGCAUCUGAUUCGUGUCAAUUAGCCACAUUUCUUCGCAGUAUACCUGAUACUAAUACGAAAUUUUUGAGUAUUGUUAGUGAGUUAUUGACAGGAACUUCAGAGUACGUUGCUCGUGAAUAGUUUCAAAAUCGAUUUCUUAACCCUUAAAAUAUAUAUGAGUGAUUCUGAUAAAAAUAGUACUGUUCGAAUGAUGUAAAUGGCCCUAAGCGUUUCUCCUCUUAGACUUGACGAAACAAUUUUGCCUUUCUCGCGUAUACUCAUCAAUGUCCGACCUAUAACCACUGCAAAUAUAGCUUUUCUUUCUUUAACUAUUAACGAGUUAGAAGCAAAACAUCGAUAUCUGACUGUUAUUUUGUUGGUGACUUUCUUGUCGUUCACAUGAAUCACAUUUUGUAAAUGUUAUGUUCAUCUGUUACUUUGUACAGAAUAAUAUCUUUUUCUCUCUCUUUUUCUAGAAUUUUGAGUUGACUGUAUAUCUAGAAUAACCUCCGAUGCAAAAGUAAUUAGGGAUUAGGAAAUUUCCAGUUAUGGUUCUCCGCUCAAGAACAUUGUAGAAAGUACAUUCUUUUUUUGACUGAAAGUGCAAAGCCUGAGCU